ACCAGGGCUGGCCCAGAGGAGGGCUGAAGAGAUGUGCUUAGAAUUAUCUAAUGAAAUUGCCACUGUCGAUAGAAGAUAGAAACACAAGAGUUUCCUCUGUCCUCGGGGAGUUUAUAGACUAGAUGAGGAGCUGAGAGAGACACAGGGAGCAAAGAGAAACAUUAGGUGCUAAAUCUUGGGGCUGAGGAGAUGGGGAGAAGGCUCACCAGAAAGGCAAAAUGCCCUCUCCUUCCACUGUGGGCCUCCUCUUCCAAAACUCCAUCCCAAUCUUGGGAGACCCCAGACUUGGAGCUUCAGAAACUCUGGAGCCGAAAGUUCUGGCCUCAACAUCUGGCUCUGCCGCUUACUAGCUGUGUGACUUUGGGCAUACCAUUUAUGCUCACCGAGCCUCCUUUUGGCCAUCCGAAAAAUGGGGACAAGAAUACACCUAACUUACCUGGUGGUUGGGAGGAGUGAGUGAGACAAUGCCUGUACAGCACCCAGCGCUGCCUAGCACAUUGUCAGGGCCCAAGCAAUGGGAGGUGUUUUUGUUUUCUGGGCAGACUUUGCUAGCAAUGUCAGUGCUGAACUCUGUCUGGUCCCACCGAGGGGAGAGCCUUGACCCCCUGGAGCCAGGUCCACCAGCCAGCUCAGACAGCCACGCAGGCCACCUGGCAGAGGAGGACCCUGAGGAGACCUCUGCUCAGGAUCCUGAAGUUCUGAGAUUGGGGCUCCCUGGCCUGGAUACCAGCCAAGCCCCCAACUGGCCUCGGCUUCGGACCCUCCUGCAGCAGCUCCCUCCACAGGACAGCGAUGAGCGCUACUGCCUGGCCCUUGGGGAGGAGGAGCUGGCGGAGCUGCGGCUCUUCUGUGCCCAGCGGAGGCGGGAGGCCCUGGGACAGGGGGUGGCCUGCCUGGUACCUCCCAAGCUGGAAGAACGCACCUGUGAGAAGUGCAGAGAGCGGCUGAGGCCAGGGGAGUACGGAGUGUUCGCAGCCCGGGCAGGAGAGCGGCGCUGCUGGCACCGGGCUUGCUUCGCUUGCCAAGCCUGUGGCCAGGUCCUGAUGAACCUCAUCUACUUCUACCACGAUGGGCAUCUCUACUGCGGCCGUCAUCAUGCUGAGCUGCUGCGGCCGCGCUGCCCUGCUUGUGACCAGCUGAUCUUCUCCCGGCGCUGCACUGAGGCCGAGGGAUGGCGCUGGCACGAGAACCACUUCUGCUGCCAGGACUGCGCCGGGCCUUUGGGCGGGGGACGUUAUGCCCUGCCGGGGGGCGGCCCCUGCUGCCCCGGCUGCUUUGAGAGUCGCUAUUCGGACGCCGGCUCGAGCCGGGCCCCGACUGCGGAAGGACGGGCGUCCCUUGGGGAGGCGGCGCUCGAAACAGUCGAAAGAGGGGACCGCGCCCCACUGACCACUGCGACCAUCUCCCGAGCAGCCCUUCUCGCCGCUGCCGCCAGCUCCAGUCCAGAAACCCAGAGGGGGCUGCUUGGGUCCAGCCCGGAGCAGGAGUGCCGAGCUGGGGACAAGGCGGAGGCACUCAAAGGGCGGGAGCACGGCCGCCUGGAGACGCCCCUUGAUCCCGAGGAGGACGCCCCCUGUCCCACCUGCUCCUCUUCCUCUGACUCAGAACCCGAAGGCUUUUUCUUAGGCCAGCGCCUUCCCCGGCCCUGGAAGACCCCCAGAAGCCUCGAAGUUGGGGACAGCGACACCUCCAGGAAGCACUGCACCAUUUGCUAGUGGCGCAGCCCUCAAAAGGGCGGGUGGGGGGUGUGAUCUGUAAGGCAGGAAAGCGAGGCUCUCCUCUCCCUAUAAAAAUCCUAGACUGAACGCAAUCAGGAGCACGCCUGCAAGAGGCGGCGAGAUGAUAAACUUGAAGUGCUCCCUUUGCAGCCAGAGCAUUCUGUGACUUUUGAUGGAGAAUUUCUUGGGGAACCCCAUUCCCCAAAGCUGUUCAUCCCCUGUGAGCUAGCCCCUACCCCCGCCCCCACAGGCUGGGACAGCCUCAUCCCCAGCAUCCUCCUCCUGAGCCAAUGAAGUCAUCACCCAGACGUCACGUGUGAUGGUGACCGGCUUGGCGCGCCUAGGGCCUGGAGGGAGCCGGAGGUGGAACUGGACCAGGGGACACGAGAGCCGGGCCGUGCUCCUCCCCUUGCAGAGUCGUGGGCGCGCGGCCAGAGUUCCUCUACUCCAGGUGUUGGACACACCCGGAGCAACGGCGCCCCCUGCCGGCCGGCGGAAGUGGGAGACCGGAAGUUGCGUGCAUCCUCCGCGCCGACACGGGGCGUCUUGACAGGCUUUGCGGAGCGCGAAGGUGCUGCUA